AUGGCCUCGUCCGCCUCGGCGGCCUUGGCCACACCCCUGUCGAUGGCACUAGCCCAGGCGCAGGAGCGUCUGCGGCGGAGGCGAGCAGACGCGGCGGCCAUGGCGGCGGCGGCCAUGGCCAUGAGCGAGGACGACGAGGGCUUCACGCCCGAGAUGCGCGACCGGCAGGCGCGCGGCAAGGAUCCGUACAAGGACGACGACGUCAGCAGCAGCGGCAGUGGGAGCGACUUUGGCUUUGGGCUUGACGAGGGCGAGGAGCGCGGGCUGGGCGGGAGGAGGGGGUAUGAGGACGAUGAUGACGAUGACGAUGAUGAGGAGGGUCAAGGCGCGGGCGAGGGGGCAGGGCGGCGGCGCAUGAAGAUUGGUCAAGGCCUCAAGACCGAGCCCUUUGAGGACCGCGAGCGGCGCGCCUACGCCCUCUCCGUGCUCGACAGCCCCGAGCAGCUCAUGAUGUUUGCCCAAAGCGCAAACGACAGCAUUACCAGCCAGCGCCGCCGCUUCAGCGCCAUCCUCGCCGGCUUCGAGCCCCUCCCCGCCGCCUCCGAGGGCGGCAAGAAGCAGGCCCAUUAUCCGCCGCCGCCGCCGCCGCCGGCUCGUCGCGAUGCGCGCGGGGCGGGUAGGGCGAGGAGGACUGCUCCGGCCGAGACACAUGAGCCGGCGGGGGAGUGGGCGGACUGA